UCAAAAUACUUCCUGCUUCCGGUCUGGUGUUGAGGUGAGGAUGAAGAAGAUGAUGAUGAUGUUGGGUUGGGUUCUGCUGCUGUUGUUCGCAUGCGCGCGCGCUUCUGAACUCACGUUUGAGCUCCCGGACAACGCCAAGCAGUGUUUCUAUGAAGACGUCAUCAUUGGCACUAAGUGUACUCUUGAGUUCCAGGUGGUGACAGGAGGACACUAUGAUGUUGACUGUCGUCUCGAGGACCCUGAUGGCACCGUCCUCUAUAAAGAGAUGAAGAAACAGUACGACAGCUUUACCUUCACAGCGGCGAGAAACGGCACAUUUAAGUUCUGCUUCAGCAAUGAGUUCUCUACCUUCACACACAAGACGGUGUACUUUGACUUUCAAGUGGGUGACGAUCCUCCUCUGUUCCCCAACGAGAACAGAGUCACAGCUUUAACACAGAUGGAGUCUGCGUGCGUGUCUAUUCACGAGGCUUUAAAAUCCGUGAUCGACUAUCAGACGCACUUCCGCCUGAGAGAGGCGCAGGGGCGCAGCCGAGCGGAGGAUCUCAACACCAGAGUGGCGUUCUGGUCUAUCGGCGAGGCUUUCAUUCUGUUAGUGGUCAGUAUCAGUCAAGUCGUUCUUCUCAGAAGUUUCUUUUCUGACAAGAAAACCACAACAACUCGUGUGGGAUCGUAAAGCUCACGGAGGCUCAUGGCUGAUCGACAUCACUCGCAGGCUCACAUCAUGAUACUUUUUUUAAGGUUAUUCAAACAACAUCCUGACUUUAUUUCCCGUUUGUGAGCUGUAUGUUCCAUUUACAACAAAUAAUCGUUUCAAUUGUGAAAAUGAGACUAAAUAUAAUUUAUUUUGUGGGUGUGUGUUGGAUUUUUACGUGUGAAGUGUGAGAAGAAUGUAUAGACAUAGUAGAUCUGCUGGAGGCGCCGCUGAAGUUUCUGUGCUCAUCAUCUUUAGACUUCAGUUGACUCUAACUGGAUCCACUGUCUGUUAGGACUGCAAUAGAACUUCAUGUGGUUUAUUUGUGGAGCCAUUCUUUCUUCCGCUGAUGGUUUUUCUAGGCGUAUUGUUCUUUUCAUGACGUUGGUGUAAUUGGUGUGUUAGCUAUAUUUUCAUUUCCUUUUAAUAGUGCUGCAUUUAUUUCUUUACCUUGUUUGUUUGGGGUAAUAAAUCUCUGGAAGAAAAUGUACAGUCUCUUCAUAUCACUAAAAAAAUCCUGAAAAUUUGCACAUCUAUCUAUACUGUAGAGAGAAUUAUUUCAAAUAUUCAGAUGUGAGAAGUAUAUAAAUGACAGAGUAAGUUGUGGCUGUCUGACAUAAUUUUACUACACCAUUGGUUCCUUCCGUAUCAGCGGCCAAUGAGCUUGCUGUUUUACAUUUAAAUCUCAGUUAGUGAUUGUUGUAGCAGUACAGCCUGUUUCAGGAACCCUCCUCCUUCCCCUGCUCCACCUGUAUAGAAGCAUGCGGCCGGAUGAAUUCAUAUAUGUGCAGCAGCAGCAUGUUGUGGAUUUAGGUGACCCUGCAUCACAAAACUAGUCUUGAGUAGCACGUGAACAUUUUUAUGGGUCAAAAUUAUUGAUUUUUCUUUUAUGCCAAAAAUAUUGUUUUUUAUUUCCAACGAUAAAUCUAUCAAAACUUUAUUUUUGUGAGUGGAUGUCCUGCUACAGUGGCCCUGAUUAACAAUUUCAAAGGCCAUUUUCUCAAUAUCUAGAUUAUUUUGCUCUCUCAGCAAAACAUCGUUUCUCACCUUGAAACCGAAAACUCUACACAUUGAUCCAUAUGAAUUUUACCACAAUUGUUUUUUAACAAUUGCUACAGUUGUGUGGAAAAAUAAACUCAAUAAAACCUG